GUAUCAAAGAUGGCGGAUACUUUCGCCCGAUAUCACUGCAAUUAUUGCGAAGAUAACAUAAUCGGAUUGAGGAUAAAAUGUGUGGAGUGCGAGGACUUCGAUUUGUGUUUACAGUGCUUCUCGUCUGGAGCCGAGAUUGGGAAGCACAGAGCCGGCCAUGACUACCAGUUUAUGCCGGGGAUGUUCCACCAGGACACAGGACAGUACAGCCUGUUCAGCAGCAGUGCUGGAGCAGCAACAGGUACCUGUACUGCAGGAGCAGCUACAGGUACCUGUAAUAACGGUAGUGGAGGUGCCCCCAGCCUGCCCCCAGCAGCUCCACCCACCAACAAGAGGAUAUGGACGGCCAGGGAGGAGGUACGGCUGCUGGACGCCAUCGAGCAGUACGGCUAUGGCAACUGGGAGGACAUCAGCCGACACAUCGAGACCAAGACGGCUGAGGAGGCGCGUCUGAAGUACAUCGGCUGCUACAUCGACGGCAGCAUCGGCAGGGCAACCUGGGGGCCAGCCAUGCAGCGACGCCAGCUGCCUGUAGAGCACAACCUUAACGGUGGGUGGUGGUGCUGUGGUGGUGAUGAGUGGGACAACGAUGCAGAGUGCGCCGUAGCGCCGCUGUUCCUUCAUCCCACGGACGACGAGGACGCCGACAUCGCUCUCAAGCUCGCCCAGGUUGACAUGUACCUGCGCAGCCUGCGCGAGCGGUCGCGGCGUAAGCGCGUGGUGCGCGACUUCCAGCUCAUCCAAUUGUUCUUCAAGCGAGAACAAGACAAGCAGAACCAGCAGCCCAGGAAGAAGAACAGGGAUGACAGGGAGGUGAUGAGCGAUAAGUUGCGCGGGGUCAGCCAGUUCCAGACGGCCAGUGAACAUCACAACCUCGUCAGCUCCCUGCUACGGGAGAAGCAGCUCAGGACCAGGAUAAAAGAGCUCAACAGGUAUCGCCGUAACGGCAUCCGUCACGUCGAGGAGUGCUAUGAGUACGACACCGCCAGGGCGCGACGAGACAAGCGCAGGGAGACGCGCAGGAAACAUGGCAGCCAGCCUCAGACUCCGACACCCAACCCUGCCCCAGCAACCCCGGCAACAAGAGAAAACGAAGAAAGAAAUCCCAAAUCUUCGGACGAAAGAAGAUGCACUGCAGCCGCUACUGGCGAUGGAAGAUGGCUCAGCGGGAGCUGCAGCGACAACAGCAACAACAACAACAGUCAGAAGAACGAUGUUGCUGACACGCUGCCCCAGCUCAGCUCCUUGCCAGGGCAUCAUCUGCUGAGCCAACAUGAGAGGAAGCUUUGCGCCAGCCUGAGCAUGAAGCCUUCUCAAUACAUAUCGUACAAAGCCCUAGUUCUUAAGGAAUCAUUCGAGUGUCGCCACGGCGUUGACACGCGCGCUGCGACAUCAAACUCUGGCGGGGGGACUGGGCUGGGCAGGCAGCUUUGGUGUCCCCCAGGUCUGGACAGCUCUGGACAAACUGCCCUGCACAACUUCUUCUCCAGCGCCGGCUGGAUAACUUCAGAGGGAUGAACAACGCUUCUUAUUUAAUUUAAAUAUCACUCUGCCUUUGUGUGCUGUUCAAUGCUUUGUUGUCUCGAUGCCUUGCAAUGUUGGAAAAUUAAGUUUUAAUAACGCAGUUUCUUUUUGGCAUGCUUGACGGCACAAGUUGUUACCCCGGCAUCAAUGUUACCCCGAGUUGCCGGGGUAACACAUGUACAAGUUGUUACUCUGAUCCAGCCCUCCACAUGAAGGCUAUGUUCUUUCACAAAUUCAUAAAUGAAAUGUGCCUUACACUAUCACUGUGGCACUGAACGUAUUGGACUAAUCAUCAAACUGAAAUGUAAGCUGAAUCUCGAGCUAGAAACUUGCGUGGGUUGUUUUUACAAUUAUUUGGCUGGCGGGGGCUGGGGCAACGCUGUUACUAGAGCCUGAUAUUCGUCCACUGAUUUUGUGUUGCUAGGUUAUCGUCUGUUCGAUUUUAUUUAUUGUGAUGGUCAGGUUUAGUUACAGCAAUGGUCAGGUUCAGUCUAUGCAAUGGUCAGGUUCAGUCAAUGCAAAGGUCAGGUUCAGGCAAUGCAAUGGUCAGGUUCAGUCAAUGCAAUGGUCUGGUUCAGGCAAUGCAGUGGUCAGGUUCAGUCAAUGCAAUGGUCAGGUUCAGUCGAUGCAGUGGUCAGGUUCAGUCAAUGCAAUGGUCAGGUUCAGUCAAUGCAAUGGUGAGGUUCAGUCAAUGCAAUGGUGAGGUUCAGUCAAUGCAAUGGUCAGGUUCAGUCAAUGCAGUGGUCAGGUUCAGGCAAUGCAAUGGUCAGGUUCAGUCAGAGCAAUGGUCAGGUUCAGGCAAUGCAAUGGUCAGGUUCAGGCAAUGCAAUGGUCAGGUUCAGUCAAUGCAAUGGUCAGGUUCAGUCAAUGCAAUGGUCAGGUUCAGU